CAACGCAAUUCUCGCACACCACGUUUCCCCCCUCUCUCUCUCUCUUAUUGAUCUUAACCUCAAUUGUAGGGUUUCUAAAUCCCAGUAAACAACGGUUGGAAUCCCAGCUCCAAUGGCUACAAAACCUCCCCCAUAUAAUAAAGUUGGGUCUCAAUCACGGCGAGGCGUCAGUAACGUUGUUUUCCCGGUCGACAUGGAGGCGGCGGCGGCGGCGCCACACCGUUCUUACUUCGCCGGUGAUUCACGGGGAUCUGCGGAUUAUGGAGAGAUCAAACACUUCAAGAAGUGGAAACCUUGGUUGAUUCCUUCUUUUGUGGUGGCUAACACUGUUAUGUUCAUAAUUACUAUGUAUGUUAAUAAUUGUCCCAAGAACUCUGUCUCUUGCGUCGCCAGAUCACUUGGGAGAUUCUCUUUUCAGUCUUUUAAAGAAAACCCUCUUCUGGGUCCUUCAUCAACUACGCUAGAGAAAAUGGGAGCAUUGGAUGUGGAUAAAGUGGUUCGUCACAAUGAGGGUUGGCGGCUUAUCACCUGCAUGUGGCUACAUGGGGGAGUUAUCCACAUACUAGCCAACAUGUUGAGUCUUUUGGUUAUCGGUAUUCGACUUGAGCAAGAAUUUGGAUUUGUUCGGAUUGGGUUGCUAUAUCUGAUAUCUGGAUUUGGAGGGAGCAUAUUGUCUGCACUUUUUAUUCAAACAAAUAUCUCGGUUGGUGCCUCAGGAGCGCUUUUUGGAUUGCUUGGAGGAAUGCUUUCUGAACUUAUUAUCAACUGGAAUAUGUAUUCUAAUAAGGUAGCAUCUUUGGUGACACUAGUGGUGAUUAUUGUAAUAAAUCUAGCGGUUGGAAUACUCCCACAUGUGGAUAACUUUGCUCAUAUAGGAGGUUUUUUGUCGGGUUUUCUCCUUGGGUUCAUAUUUCUAAUCCGACCUCAGUUUAAUUGGAUUCGCCAAAGAUAUGCCCCAGCUGGAAUGAUCCCACUACCAUCAUCUGCAUCCAAAUUCAAGGCAUACCAAUGCAUAUUGUGGGUUAUCUCCUUGGUUCUUCUAGUUGUUGGAUUUACUGUUGGUAUGGUUAUGCUUUUCCGAGGGGUGAAUGCAAAUAAACAUUGUUCUUGGUGCCACUAUUUGAGCUGUGUCCCGACUUCUAGGUGGAGUUGCAACACUCAACCUCUUUCGUGUACCUCGGAGCAAAUAGGCAAUCAACUGACUAUGAAUUGCUUGAACAAUGGAAAAACAAGAAUAUAUACGCAACCCGAUGCCACGUCGUCCCAGAUUAAGGGACUAUGCGCUCAGCUCUGCCGAUCAUAAUAAUAAAACUAGUUGGAUUUGAAGAAGCUGGUAGAAAUCACCCUGUAAUAUCUCAAUCAAUUUACCUAGUCUCUCUUGCCAUUGGUUAUAAAUUAUUUUGUGAAAUCUGCUACAUUAUAACAAAACGGUGUGAUAAUUAUUAUUGAUUUACUG